CGUAUAUACGCGAUCUAAAUGGUCAUAUAUAUGGGCUUAAAACCCAUACGUAACGUGUAUAAACAGGUACACGCGGUAGAGUAACCCGCAUAUGCUCUGUCGUGAUUUUGAAAUGAAUGGCCGACCAUAUCUUUCGCUCAGUCCGUCGUGGGUGACGCGAAAGAAAACCACGAGAAAUCCUGGGGGGUAAGGGGGGUCCGAAAACCGCAAAACCGCGUAAAAAAACGUAAAAAACCGCAAUACCGCAUGGAAAUUUACCAAAAUACCGAAACCGUAGUUACAAAUGUGCUACGGUGCCGCCAUCAUUACUUCUAGUUCGCCAUUCCAUUAGAAAUACGAACUUAUUUAGUUUGAUAAAAGUGUAGGUUAAUGUUAAUCAACGUAUGAUCAUCGCACUCAUAAAAUAAUACUGUAAUAUUAUAACUGAUCUUAUCAUGCACUCUGACGAGUGUCGACGACUUCCAUGACUCCGUAAAAGAUCAAUAACUGACACACGCCCGUGGGACUGACUUCGUUAUGCUGCUGUGGAACUAAUAUAAGUGCGCUCGCGCCCGCACGAAUACUGCUGAGUUACCCAAUUGAAAAACAUCGAUGUUUACGACUUCAGCACUGGAAAUCACUCGAAUGUUACACAACGAAAGCUUUUCGCGAUUUUUUUUGGUGAAAACUCGUCAAGAUGAUAGUUUUCAAGAUCAAAUAUCCGGAAUACGAGCUCGGAACACCCAUUUUAUGUCGCGAUUCGACUGAAUCAUCCUUAAAUUUCAUUUAAAAUCUUGCCGAGAAGAAUUUUGAAUAACCCGAAGACAACGUGGUCAGCCUCAUGAAGUGUUCAGUAAAGCAAACGAUUGUUGAAGCGUUACAACUCUGCCGAAGCGAGUUCUUGCUCCCAGAAGAAACGUCGCCGAGCUUCCAAUCUCUCCUUUAAGUAACAUCGUCUCUUCCCGACCAUCCUCCUAUCCACUUCCUCUUGCUCGGCAAGCAUUGUCCCGCACGAGGCCACGGCAAAUACUGUAGGAAAUCUGAGCGAAAGAUUCCCAGCUCGUAAAGUCAACAAGUCGACGUAUCAUUGGAUAAAAUGGUUAAUCAUACCAAUUAUUAACUGGAAAAAGCGGAAAUUACAAACAGCAAAGCUUGCUUGCACAACGAUGGUCCCUUGCAAAACAUAAACAAGAGAUCAAAAGUCAUCGGAAGCGUCAGGAUCCGAGUAAUAACUGUUAUAACUGAAAAGCGCAGACGACUGCAGUCUCUUUUUUUACCGAUUACCACGAUCCAAAAUUUAUGAAAACCGAAAACCGCUUAGUGUUAUAAAACCGCAAUACCGCAGGUUGAAAUAAGGAUUUCCGUAAAACCGCACCAAAAAUAACGCAAAACCACAUCACCGCAAACCCUUACGCCCCCCUCACUAAGCGACAGAGGGACCACUCGUAGUCUACCUCGCAUACAUUUAUCACUAGUCACCCCUACCGGAAAUGGAAAAUAUUUCCCAGAAACCAGUAUCAUAACAACCGUUUCUCGGAAUUGAGGUUUAGCCAAGUCGAGAAGAAAAGGAUGAGCUGUAUCCAAAAUCAACUUGAAGAGCUUCAAGGACCACCUUUGACCACCUUGUAGAUGUAGAGAAAAGCUUAAACCAUCGAGCCUUCCAGUUUGAUCAUGCCUGGGUAUCUUUUAGCCAUUUCCGAGCAGGAAAGAAUUGGUUCAAAGUAUAUGUGUAACUCCUGUGGUCUACUUUUGAGAGAAGCGAUGCAAACUGGCUGUGGACACUUCUACUGCAGUAGUUGUCUUGCUAAUUUAUUUCAAAAUGGAUCCUCCAAAAUGACCUGUUUACAGGACCAGACAGAAUUUCUUCCAAAUGAAGUUUUUCCUGAUAACUUCAUGCGUCGUGAAGUACAAUCCUUUGUUGUCCACUGCACAUUCAUGGAUGAUGGUUGCAAAUGGAAAGGAGAAGUGAGACACUUGGAGAACCACAUGAACAGCUGUCCGUUCCUUAAAAUACCUUGUGUACAUCCUGCGUGUGGCAUGCAAGUGAAAAAAGCUGAUCUCACUGAGCAUUUAGAAAAGGAAUGCAAGUGUAGGCUGGAAACCUGUGGAUUCUGCAAAAGGCAAAUCAAUCUUAACAAGAUGAAGCUGCACCGUGAGACAGAAUGCCCAGAAUAUCCAGUUGUGUGUGAAAAGUGCAACAGAGAUAACAUUCAAAGAGCAAAGUUGUUACAACAUCAAGAUCCUGUUAUAGGGGACUGUGAUGGCGUACAGGGACCAUGCCCAUUUUCACAGAUUGGCUGCCCAAAAACUGAGGUUCUCAGCCAUGACCAAAAGAAAGAACAUCUGGCGCAAGAGAACACUUACCACACCACUCUAAUCCUACAACAUGCCCUGCGAGUGAGCAGAGAAGUGGAAGCACUUCUGAUGCGCGAUCCGAGAACUGUGUCCAGAAAUCCACACAUCUUUACAAACUAUGACGGAGUGAUUGCAGAUAUUCUUGCUAAAGUUCAAACCCAAGCAGGUGAAACCAGGGAUCUGCGCGAAAAAUGUAGAGAGCACAGCGAAAGAAUCACCGCUCUGGAAAGAAAGGUGGCCUCGGGGAAUUUGCCAGGUGGAGCCCCUAGUUUCCAAGUGUCUGGUGAUUCCAGUGGUGGAUCACAAAACCCAGAUCUUACACGAAGGGUUACCAACCUUGAAAACAGGACCGCUGAUCACGAGGUGUUACUGGUGGAGAGUAAUCGCUCAAUAGAAGAGGCAAGGCGUGACAUGGGUAACGUUAAACGACAAUUUGAUACCAACCAGGAGAGUGCCAGGAGGCAAGAACGAAGGAUGGAGUCUAUCGAGCACACACUGGCACUUAGAAAUGUUACACUGGCCGAUUUAGAAGAGUAUGUGANAGAAUCGACGCAGUUGUGUCGAUGUUCAAAGAUUCUUCAGUGA